CUUUUACCUGUACAGACAGAGUUCCACCGUUGUGUUUGUACAAGUACUGUUCUGGUUCAUUUCUUAAAAUGCACUGCAUGAAGACGUGUGGUAUUUGUACAGACACUGACUGUGUAGAAGGAUACUUCAGAACUCAGUAUCCAUACGCACCGUGUCGUCCGUGUGAGGAAGCAACAGUAGAAGACAAGACAAAAGGGACAUUUGAAAACUAUUGUCCACAAUGUCAAACUAAAUGCAACAGAUGUGACAGGUCUACUGGACAAUGCUAUCAAUGUGCAGAAGGAUAUUCUGGUACUUACUGCACUGAAUCCUGUCCCACAUCAUGUAGGAGUGCAUCUUGUCAACAAGAUGGCACGUGUUCUGAAGGAUGUAAGGAUGGUUUCUAUGGAGACAAGUGCUCAAAAACCUGCAGCACCAACUGUUUUAACAAACGUUGUCACCAAACUAACGGAUCGUGUGCAGAUGGUUGUCUUCUAGGUUACUCUGGAGAGAAGUGUGACAUAAAGUGUCAUGGGAUGUGUCUUGACAACUCCUGUGACAGCCCAAUGGGUAAAUGUAAAGAGGGUUGCAGCAGGCCCGGUGUGUACGGUCCUUUCUGUAACUAUACUUGUAAUGGUACCUGCGAGUCUGUGCAUUGUCAGAGGGAUGCGUUUGGUAAUGCUCUGUGUAGUGCUGAAUGCACCAGUGGUAAAAUGGGAGACCACUGUACAAAAGACUGCCCUGUGUAUUGCCAGGGACCAUGCGACCAAACAUCUGGCAGGUGUUUAAAAUUAUGUAGGUCUGGUUACUAUGGAAACGACUGCUCUGAAAGGUGCCCUAUUAACUGUCUCACAGAUAACUGUCUCCAGGACAACGGCACCUGUACACAUGGCUGCAAACCUUCUUUCUAUGGCGCCACUUGUUCUAAGGUCUGCAGUAAGAAUUGUGGGAAAUCAGGGUGUCAUAUGGAUCCAGGACUAACCUGCGUGGAUGGAUGUGUUGGUGGGUGGAGAGGAAACUACUGUGAACAGAAGUGUGAAGACAAUUGUUCUGUUUGUGACCAACACUCUGGAAGAUGUAGUGGGUGCGUGGAGGGGCUCUACGGGGAGAACUGCGAUAGUCUUUGUGCAGACAGGUGCUGUGUAUGUAAUCAGUUCACUGGGACAUGUAUGGCGCCCAGAGCUGAAGAUCAAAGAAAAAGCAUUGAUGGAAUGUAUAUGAACAUCACGAAACCUAACUUUGUGCUCCUGUGUUUAAUCGUCUCAGUCAUCAUUAUGAUUCUUGUUGGAGUUAUUGUGCACAGCCAGUCGAAAUGCGAAAAAUCGUCUUUUGAAGCACAGUCAUUGACAUCCAUACACUCAUCGUCUCACAGUGAUGACGCGAUUGACGAUAGUAGGUCAGCAACGGAUUGCGAAACACUUCUGAUGAGCAUUGAGAGUUCCAUGACAUCACUACAGAUACCACCUCUAGCAGAAGUAUUUGAUGACGUUGAGGAACGUCAGCGGCUCAAAUGUAAUGGUCACACAACAGAUGGCAGUGAGAGAUAUUGAGCAGCGGUAGACUGUAAACUAGCAGCGCGACAGUGGCGUGACGUCACUAAGGAUAGGUUUAGCACUGCAACAUGCAGAGUGACGUAACACAAUACAGUCCGUCUAUAUCGGCUAAUAACCAUAGUCUGUUUUUAGUUUUUACAACAUGUUUUCAUAUAUAAUUUGUGCUUCUGUCAACAUAGAGGAAAAAAGGAAAACAGUUUUAGCGGAAACAGA